AUGCUCCCGGCUUGCCGCCUGCAGGAUGAGUUCCACCCGUUCAUCGAGGCGCUGCUGCCUCACGUCCGCGCCUUCUCCUACACCUGGUUCAACCUGCAGGCGCGGAAGCGCAAGUACUUCAAGAAGCACGAGAAGCGGAUGUCGAAGGACGAGGAGCGGGCGGUGAAGGACGAGCUGCUGGGCGAGAAGCCCGAGAUCAAGCAGAAGUGGGCAUCCCGGCUGCUGGCCAAGCUGCGCAAAGACAUCCGGCCCGAGUUCCGAGAGGACUUUGUGCUGACCAUCACGGGCAAGAAGCCCCCCUGCUGCGUGCUCUCCAACCCCGACCAGAAGGGCAAGAUCCGGCGGAUUGACUGCCUGCGCCAGGCCGACAAGGUGUGGCGGCUGGACCUGGUCAUGGUGAUUUUGUUUAAGGGGAUCCCCCUGGAAAGUACUGACGGGGAGCGGCUCUACAAGUCGCCCCAGUGCUCGAACCCCGGCCUGUGCGUCCAGCCACAUCACAUUGGAGUCACAAUCAAAGAACUGGAUCUUUAUCUGGCUUACUUUGUCCACACUCCCGAAUCCGGACAAUCAGAUAGUUCAAACCAGCAAGGAGAUGCGGACAUCAAACCACUGCCCAACGGGCACUUAAGUUUCCAGGACUGUUUUGUGACUUCUGGGGUCUGGAAUGUGACGGAGCUGGUGAGAGUAUCACAGACUCCUGUUGCGACAGCAUCAGGGCCCAACUUCUCGCUGGCGGACCUGGAGAGUCCCAGCUACUACAACAUAAACCAGGUGACCCUGGGGCGGCGGUCCAUCACCUCCCCUCCUUCCACCAGCACCACCAAGCGCCCCAAGUCUAUUGAUGACAGCGAAAUGGAGAGCCCUGUCGACGACGUGUUCUAUCCUGGGACAGGCCGCUCCCCAGCGGCUGGCAGCAGCCAGUCCAGCGGGUGGCCCAAUGACGUGGAUGCAGGCCCGGCUUCUCUAAAGAAGUCAGGAAAGCUGGACUUCUGCAGUGCCCUCUCCUCUCAGGGCAGCUCCCCGCGCAUGGCUUUCACUCACCACCCGCUGCCUGUGCUUGCUGGAGUCAGACCAGGGAGCCCCCGGGCCACAGCAUCAGCGCUGCACUUCCCCUCCACGUCCAUCAUCCAGCAGUCGAGUCCAUACUUCACGCACCCGACCAUCCGCUAUCACCACCACCACGGGCAGGACUCGCUGAAGGAGUUUGUGCAGUUUGUGUGCUCGGACGGCUCGGGCCAGGCCACCGGACAGCAUUCGCAACGACAGGCGCCUCCUCUGCCAACCGGUUUGUCAGCAUCGGACCCCGGGACGGCAACUUUCUGAACAUCCCACAGCAG